AUGACAGUAACCGAGGCGGCACCAACGCCCCGGGGGCGGGGAGGCCAGAUUCUGCUGCGGCGCCCAGAGUUUCCCCAGGAGACCUCGGCUUCCCGCACCCUGUUCAGGUCGGAGCGAGCUGCGCUGCAAAGCCCGUCGGGCUGGGUGCCGCUGCUGCUGGCGCUGCUCCACGAGCUGCAGGCCCCGGCCUCCCACUGGAGCCCCUACUUUGCGCUCUGGCCCGACCUGGGCCGCCUGGAGCAUCCCAUGUUCUGGACCCAGGAGGAGCGGCAACGCCUGCUGCAGGGCACUGGUGUUCCAGAGGCGGUGGAGAAGGAUUUGGCCAACAUCCGCAGCGAGUACCAUUCCGUUGUGCUGCCCUUCAUGGAAGCCCACCCUGAUCUCUUCAGUCCCAAGGUUCGCUCUCUGGAACUCUAUCACCAACUCGUGGCCCUCGUAAUGGCCUAUAGCUUUCAAGAGCCAUUGGACGAGGAGGAUGAAGAGGAGCCAAACUCCCCUGUGAUGGUGCCUGCUGCAGAUAUACUGAACCAUCUAGCCAAUCACAAUGCCAACCUAGAGUACUCUGCGGAUUAUCUUCAGAUGGUGGCUACUCAGUCCAUUCCAAAAGGCCAUGAGAUUUUCAACACUUAUGGGCAAAUGGCUAAUUGGCAACUGAUUCAUAUGUAUGGUUUUGUUGAACCAUAUCCUAACAACACAGAUGACACAGCUGACAUUCAGAUGGUAACUCUUCGUGAAGCUGCAUUACAGGGAGCAAAAAAUGCAUCUGAAAGGCUCCUCCUGUACGAGCGCUGGGAUUUCUUGUGCAAACUGGAGAUGGUAGGGGAAGAGGGAGCAUUUGUGAUCGGGCGUGAAGAGGUGUUAACUGAAGAGGAGCUGACCACCACACUCAGGGUACUAUGUAUGCCUGCUGAGGAGUUCAGAGAAUAUAAAAACCAGGAAGGAUGGGAAGAGAGUGAAAGCAAAGGCAGCCUGUGUAUUUCCAACAUUCCCAAGCUCAAAGCAUCAUGGAGACGGCUUCUUCGAGACAGUGUCCUGUUAACACUGCAGACAUAUGCCACAGACUUAAAAACUGAGCAAGAUUUGCUUAGUAAUAAGGAGCUCUAUGCGCGACUCAGCUCAAGGGAACAGCAGGCCUUACAGGUUCGCUAUGGUCAGAAGGUGAUCCUACAUCAGUUGUUAGAACUGACAAGUUAGUAUCUUCCUUGUUCCUUGAAGGAUCAGUAGUAGUGCUUUAUUAUAAGCCAAUAGUUUGUUGCCUUCAAAGAGGAAAA